GGAAGUUAUUGGGUUGGAACUGUCCCGCAUAAAUAUUUAUUUAUUAAUCUUUGUUGAUUUCUAAACAUGGCUAAUGUAUUACCUGCCGGCUUUGAAGACGAAUUCUCAGACGAUUCCGAUGAUUACGGGCUCAGUUAUUAUCAACAUGGCAAGGAUCUGUCAGAACCAAAAUCAUUUGAAGAGAACACAAACGAAACGAAUCAAAGCAAACAAUUUGACACGAGUGAAACAUGGCAAAAUGGAGAGUCUUGGAAUGAUUCAUCAAAUCCAAUCCCUCAGCGGAUACCUGUUGUUGAUCUUUCCAGUAAACUGAUGGCUAAAGUAGAAUUCCCUAUUGAUGACCUUCGAAUAGCCAUUUUGAACGGUGACCUUACUACUGUACAGUAUUUCAUUGAAAAUGGAACUGAUGUUAAUGUUAAGCUCAAAGGAAACUGGACACCAUUGUUGUAUGCUUCUAGUGCUGGUCAUCCUGAAAUUGUCCAUUAUCUCUUGGAACAGAAUGCUUCUCCUGAUUAUAACCAUGUGACAGAUAGGUUUUUCCCUUUGAUGGCUGCAUGUACUUCAGAUAAGGAUGAUGAGAACUCUAUAAUGAAGUGUGUCACUCUGUUAUUGGAGCAUGGAGCUAAAGUUGAUUCUAUGGACAGAUAUCACACAACACCAUUGAUGUAUAGUGCCAAGAGGGGCCACCUCUCAGUUCUAAUAAAGCUGUUGGAUUUUUAUGCUGACCCUAAUGUAACAGACAGUCAGGGAUGGUCUGCAUUAUUCCAUGCUGCAAACAGUGGCCAUAUGUCUCUUGUUGUAGAACUGAUGAAAACUGGUGCCGAUACAAAAUUAAGAGACCACAGAAGACAUUCUGCUGCAGAUAUUGCUUAUUUACGAUCAUUUGAGGAGAUUGCUGCUUACAUUGAUGACAGCUACAAAGACACAGGGGAAAAAACACCUCUUGCAGCGAAGACGAACGACAAUAAAAUUACAAGCAUAGCAAACAGAUCAAGUUCAUACAGUCAGUUAGAACUGUUUCUCUACGGACUUCAUUUACAGUCAACAAUAGAAGACUUCAAAGAACACAAUAUUACGUUCAAUCAGUUAUUAACGCUUACUGAAGACGAUCUGGAAAAGAUUGGUAUUCAGCAGAUCGGUUCUCGGAAGAAAUUAGUUGAAGCUAUAAGAGCUGUACACCAAAUGGAAUGGGAGACAUCUAGUCUAAUGAAGAUACAUUAUGAUCAGAGCAUAACUUGUUCUGAUGCUACUGCCAUGUUAGCCAAUAUCUCUAAACAUGCUCUCUACAUGACUUCCACCAUUGUCUACAUUGGUAAACAGAUUGAACUUCAUCCCUGCAUUGUUGAAGAGACAAAUGACACGAGAUUGUUAGAGAAAUUUUUACAUUACUCAUCACAUUCCAUGAAGAAUGUUAACACACUUCUAAUUCAGCUUGAGAAAUUUAACAAAGAAAUUAAAACGCUGUUAGCAGAUAAGAAUCUACAACCAGUUGAAAUAAUCUCUGCAAAGGAUAAUAAUCUACUCCAAGAAAGAACUUCAGGAAUGUUCUCGUUUCCAAAUAGGUUUGGAUGGAAAAGUCUAUGCUUGGCAUCAGUGGCUCUCAUAGCAGCUGUCUCAUUUUGGAGAAGAGAGAUUUCCAGAACUUUUGCGCUCCUGCCUGUCAUAGAGAUUCGCCAAUUAACAAAACCCUUAUUAUGAGUCUAAUUAGGUCUGUGUAUAUAUUUCAUUGGGGAGGGGACCAAGGUGGCCCAGAAACUACAACUGUGAUUUUUAAAAACAAGGAAACCAUACAAAUAAAUCAUUUUAAAGUCUU